GCGCCCGGGGCGGCAGCGCGCGGUGGGGGGCCGUAGGGGUGCGCGCCGGCCCUAGUGGACGCCGCCGUGGCCGCCAUGCAGCUGACUGUGAAGGCGCUCCAGGGCCGCGAGUGCAGCCUGCAGGUGCCGGAGGACGAGCAGGUGUCCACGCUUAAGCAGCUGGUCUCCGAGAAGCUGAACGUCCCCGUGCGCCAGCAAAGGCUGCUGUUCAAGGGCAAGGCCCUGGCAGAUGGGAAACGACUGUCGGAUUACAGCAUCGGGCCCAAUUCCAAGCUGAACCUAGUGGUCAAACCUCUGGAGAAGGUGUUACUGGCGGAGGGCACUGCUCGGAGACUGGCCGACUCACCACCCCCGCCCGUCUGGCAUCUGAUCUCCAAAGUCCUGGCCCGCCACUUCAGCGCAGCCGAUGCCAGCAGGGUCCUGGAACAACUACAGAGGGAUUAUGAGAGGUCCCUGAGCCGCUUGACCCUGGAUGACAUCGAGCGCUUGGCCAGCCGCUUCCUGCACCCUGAAGGGACUGAGGCUAUGGAGAAGGGCCUUUCCAAAUAGCAUUCGUGGACCGUGGGGAGGACCCAGAGGCCGGGCCACAGCUGCAUGUCGCAUUAAAUGUGUUCUCAUGUUGCAGUCUGGCUCAUGAUAAUAGUAGCUACCAUGGACCUGGCUCUUGCUAGGUGCUAGGCACUACUCAAAGUACUCGGCCUGGGCUCGCUCCCACACCCUGCAGAAGAGGUGAGACAGCACAGUGGAGGCCCCUAGCGAUGAAGUGGGGAGCCGGAAUCGCAGUCCAGCCAGCUUCCAGCGGUGCCUCACUGUGAGGAGAAAGGGGCUGUUUGGAAGCACGGGCUGUGGCAUUUCACACUUAGCCCACUGAGAAUCAGCUUUUCAAUGAGGCCUUCCCAAGCCUGGCCCCUGCCGCCCAGUCCUGCUACCCUGGAGCCCUGCUGGGUCCAGCAGAGCCCUCGGCUCACCUUCACAGGACCUCACCUUCACAGGACGCCAAGGGGCAGGCAGCCCUGGGCUCCCUCAGCUGCUCUUGACGAAGGAAAGGCAGGUUGGGAGCCUGGGAGAUGCAAAGUUACCCAAGCUUGGUGGUGUCACCUUGGGCAAGGCACGCUGCCAUUUCGGUUCCCCAGCCAUCGACUCUGUACAGUGAGGGCCAGCCCUCCAACCUGAAUCCAGUUCCUUCAUCCUUACCCCAGCCCGGGGCAGGAGUCUCUGUAGUGCUCCUCUCCUUGUGUUCAAUAAACAAACUGAAGCCAAAAAUGACACAGUGGCCCGAGAUGUGGUGUCCUAGGCCUUGGUGACACAGCUCUUCUUUGGGGCAUGCUGUCUGUUCAACUCCUUCUGGAAGUGGGUCAUUCACGCCCAUUGGGAGCUGACAUGUGACUUAGCAAGGCAGUGUCAGUUAGGAGUCGCCCACAGCCUGGAAGGUAAAUAGAUGCUUCCCCCCUCACUGGGGUGCCAAGGCUUUCACUUUGCGUGGCCCUCCCUGCCAGAGAGGAAAACUCAGGUUGCUGGGGAGGGGACAGAGGUGUGUGCUGGUGGCACUAGCUCCUCUUUCACCCUGCCCGGAUGCACUGCAGGGCAUCUGAGCACCUGCUCCCUGGGGGAGGACCCCUGGGACAGUGGAGGCUGGAAGGGAACCACACAGGAAUGGCGCUCAGCGUGCACAGGGCUGCACCUGCCUUCCGGGCCUGAGGCCCACCUGCCCGGGCCUCAUGGGGCUGACACUAGGUCCCCAGGCUGGAAGAAUGGACAGAGGCCUGACGGGAGAACGCUUUGAAGAGCAGCCAAAAACCUCUGGGGGUCUCAAGCCACAGGGCUGCAUUUAGAAUUAUGGUCCGGUCACUCAGAGGAUAAACUUAGCACUGCUCUCAUUUACUUUGAGUCAGGAAACUUCGUUUGCACCAAAAGGAACCAUGAUAGCUAGACGGCUUUGGGUUUCCGAUAAUUGGUUUAAUAUUGAAGGGAAUUGGUUCUGUCAGUUAUGGAAACUUGCUGGCUUCUGAAACUGAAAAGCCCAGAAGUACUGGCCGUGGCUGAGUAGUUUCCCCAACUACCGAGUUUCUUCUUGCCUCCCUCUGCGUUUCCCGCUAUCUGCUUCGUCUCAGGCCGCUACCUCCAAGGACUGAAAGAUGGCUGCCUGCUACUUCCAUGGAAGCCCUGGUUCGCAGCCCACACCGAGGAGCACCUUCUCCUGCAGCUUCUGUCUCAGAUGUCCCCAGCAAAUAAACACUGUCAUCUCAUUGGU